AUGGAACUACCUACAUUCAUGACGAAUGGGCACGACGGGAAUAUACUCGAAUUCCCUGAAUUUUCGUCUCGCUUCGCAACUCUGGUCGGAAACAAAGAAGAACUCGACAACACGACCAAAUUUUCGCUGUUGAAGUCAUGCUUACGAGGAGCGGCUCUGAAUUCCAUACAAGGACUAUCGCUGACGUCCGAGAAUUACAAGAUCGCUAUGGACAUCCUGAAGACACAUUAUGACGACAAGGUAACAAUCAAGCACAUACUUUAUUCAAGAUUGGCCGAUCUUCCCACCUGCGAUCCCGAAGGACGCAAUCUUCACAAUCUCUACAAUCGAAUGUUUGCGCUCGUACGACAGUUCACAGAUGGGAACGAUGACUCGAACGAAACUGGAUUGGGAGCGAUCCUCUUCAACAAACUUCCUCUACGCGUAAGAAGCCAAAUUUACGAUAGAACGUCGAACUCUCACAAUCUAUCACCGAGUGAGUUGCUUAAUCUCCUGACAGGAUAUUGUUCGGAAGGACACAACAUUAUCCGAAAUGUCAUCCCAUAUACGCUCAGUGGCCGAACAGGAUCAGUACCAUACAUUUCAUGCCUCUUCAAAAACUCCAAGGAGGAGAACUGCAACGUUUGGAUACCGCAGGUACCAGAAAGCAGUCCAAAGCCGUGCCAAUUCUGUGGGUCGGUCAGACUUCUCAGUCAACUGCAACAUGUUUGCCACACCUCAGCUUUGAAUCAGAUACGUGAGAGAACAUCGUUUUUGUUUCAACUGCUUAUCUAA